AUGAAAUUCCUACUGAGCUUUGGUCUCCUGGCGGCUUUCGCCGUCUUUUUUGCAAUGGUGAAUCUUUAUUCUUGACAACUUCAAAAUGGAUUCUUCUUCAGGCAAAAGCCAAACAAUCCAGUUGGUCCGAAUGGGCGGAUAAGCCUGGAGCGAUUUGCAACGACACCUGCGGAGGUUGUGGUCGGAUCGAGCAGGUCAGAACUUGCACAGGAGGAAAGUCUAAAAGCUGCAAGUCAGUCUUUUGAACUUGAUCUCUGAAGUCAGUAAGAGGUCAUUUUCCAGAGGCGCCAGUGAGCAAUUGGCGAGCUGA